GAGCGACAAGCAACGUCACUAUUAUAAUCUUCAAUAUGGCGGAUGAACAUGUCUUACACACAGGUUCUUCCUUUAUGGAUCCUCUAAAAGGAUUACUCUUGACAUAUAUUAUGCCAGAGUCAUGCUACGACGAGUUCUUCCUCAAUUUCAACUUCCUGGACGUACCAUGUCUGAAGAUUGUUCUGAGCAAAGGCCUUGGGAUUGGCAUCAUCCUGGGAUCAGUGAUGGUGAAACUGCCUCAGAUCUUAAAGCUGAUGGGAGCAAAGAGCGCUGAAGGACUGAGCUUCCAGUCAGUGCUGCUGGAGCUGCUGGCUAUCACAGGAACCAUGGCCUACAGUAUCUGCAACAAGUUCCCCUUCAGUGCCUGGGGUGAAGCUCUGUUCCUCAUGCUCCAGACUGUCACCAUUGGCUUCCUCAUUUUGCACUAUGGAGGAAGAACGAGUAAAGGUCUCCUGUUUGCUGUUGUGUAUUUCGGCCUGUUGGUGCUCCUGUUGUCUCCAGUCACUCCCAUGUCGGUGGUUAUCUUCAUGCAGGCCUCUAACAUGCCAGCCAUCAUCAUUGGCAGACUGAUCCAGGCCGUCACUAACUUCAGUAAUGGACACACUGGUCAGCUGUCUGCUGUCUCAGUCUUCCUGCUGUUUGCUGGAUCCCUUGCCCGCAUCUUCACUUCACUACAAGAAACUGGAGAUUCACUGAUGGCCCUCACAUACGUCAUCUCCUCUACCUGUAAUGGCGUCAUCGCUUUGCAGGUUCUUUACUACUGGAACAGUUGCCCUAAACUCACAGAGAAGAAAAAGAAGAGCGAGUAGGCAAUGGACCAAACUACCCUUCAACUGUAGAGCAACACUUCCUCCCCAAAAUCCAACAUUCCACAGUGACGGAGGCAGAGGGGCCACUGGGAAGUGUUGUUUAUUGAUUCUGCUGGACAAUAAAUGAACUUUGAGGCAAGGA